UUGGCCUUUCACCCAUUUAUGUCUGUGUUGACUAAAUGACAGAAGCAAAGACAAGAUAAGGUUCAUCGUUAUCCUAAGACAGCCUACAUAGCCAUCCAUGCAUGACUUUCUACGCAAAGAUGCAAAACUGAAACAUCAGCUAACCGUCUGUUUUUUGGGUCUGCAAAGAAUCAUUCUAUGAAGUUUUUCUCCUAUCACUACCAGAGAAUAUAUAUCUAGCUCACUUGUUUAGCUUUCCUGCACAAAGCUACAUAGAGAUAUGGAACAGAAGCAAGGCAUAGAGCAAUUUAAAGGCCAAGCAAGGUUACCGAAUUUUGCAAUCCCGAAACGCUAUGAUCUUCAUCUCAAACUUGAUCUCUCUGCCUGCACCUUCUCCGGCACCGUGCAGAUUAACGUUAGCAUCGUUGAAGAGACCAAGUUUCUUGUCUUGAACGCUCUUGAACUUGAUGUUCAUCAAGUUUGGUUCACCAACUCUCACGGCCAAAAGUACCACCCCUGCGAUGUUGUUUUGGAUGGAGAUGAUGAAGUUCUUGUUUUGGUAUUUGAUAAAGCACUUGGUAUUGGUGAGGGAGUCUUGGGGGUUGACUUUUCUGCAGUCCUUAAUGCGCACUUGGUGGGGUUAUAUAAAUGUGCUUAUAUGGAUGGGGAAGAGAAAAAGAAUAUGGCUGUUACUCAAUUCGAAGCUGUGGAUGCUAGGCGAUGCUUUCCCUGUUGGGAUGAACCUGCUCUCAAGGCUAGAUUCAAGAUAGCAUUAGAUGUACCAUCAGAGCUGACAGCUUUAUCCAAUAUGCCUAUUAUUAAUGAAAAGUGUGAUGGAGAUGUUAAGACUGUGUCUUUUGAGGAAUCUCCACUCAUGUCAACUUAUUUGGUGGCUGUUGUUGUUGGCCUAUUUGAUCAUAUUGAAGAUACAACAUCUGAUGGGGUAAAGGUUCGUGCAUAUUGCCCUGUUGGGAAGAGUGAUAAAGGGGAAUUUGCUUUAAAUAUUGCUGUUAAGACCCUUGAUCUUUUCUCCAAAUACUUCUCAACGCCUUACUCACUCCCCAAACUUGAUAUGGUUGCGGUUCCUGAAUUUGCCGGUGGGGCCAUGGAGAAUUAUGGUUUGAUCACAUACCGUGAAACUGAACUGCUUUUUGAUCCUUUGCAUUCCACAGCAGCAAGAAAGCAAAGAAUGGCAAUUGUUGUAUCACAUGAAGUAGCACAUCAGUGGUUUGGCAAUCUGGUAACAAUGGAAUGGUGGACUGAUUUAUGGCUUAACGAGGGUUUUGCAACAUGGAUAAGUUAUAUGGCCACUGAUAUUUUGUUUCCUGAGUGGAAAGUUUGGUCUCAAUUUCUUCAAUACACUACUGGUGGCCUAAUUAUGGAUGCCCUGGAACAAUCACAUCCAAUUCAGGUAGAGGUACACCACGCACGUUCAGUUCUUGAAAUAUUCGAUGCUAUCAGCUAUGAAAAGGGAUCUGCUGUUAUACGAAUGCUGCAGGCUUAUCUUGGUGAUGAUAUAUUCCAGAAAUCGUUAAGUUCCUACAUAAAAAGAUAUUCUGAGAAAAAUGCAAAGACAGAAGAUUUAUGGAGUGUUCUGUCGGAGGAAUCUGGUGUCAAAAUCAGUGAAAUGAUGGAUGAUUGGACUAAGAAACAAGGAUAUCCUGUGAUCUCUGUAACAGCAAAGGAUCAUAUUUUGGAAUUUGAGCAGGUAAUAUUGAUCACUUUCAUAAACCAGUCUUUCAAGGAUCAUAUUUUGGAAUUUGAGCAGACACAGUUUCUGUCAGCAGGUUUGCAUAGUGAAGGGAAAUGGAUUGUUCCAGUAACUAUUUCACUUGGUUCAUAUGAGAGACGCAAGAAUUUCCUUUUGGAAUCAAAGUCCAGUGAAGUGGACAUAUCAGAUCUUGUUGACACUUCUGAUACUCAUUUAAAGAAUAAAGAGACAUGUGAUGAACAACUGUGGGUCAAGGUUAAUAUCGAGCAGAGUGGUUUUUAUAGGGUAAAGUAUGAAGAUAAGCUAGCAGCUCGACUUAGGAAGGCUAUUGAGAAUAAUAGCUUGGAAGCAACAGACAAAUUUGGUAUUCUGGAUGAUGCAUACGCCCUUUGCGAAGCUUGUGAACAGUCACUAUCAUCUUUUCUUUCCUUGAUGGAUGUAUACAGAAAAGAAGCUGAUUAUAUUGUCUUAUCAAAACUUAUAGACGUAUGUUACAACAUUGUUAAAGUAUCAAGCGAGGCCAUCCCUGAUUCAGUGAAUGAGUUGAAGCAAUUUUGCAUCAAUCUCCUCAUGUUUCCAGCAGAAAAAUUAGGCUGGGAACCAGUACCUGGAGAGAGUCACUUCAGUACACUUUUGAGAGCAGAAGUCUUGCAGGCCUUGGUUACAUUUGGCCAUGAUAAAACUCAGAAUGAAGCAUUAGAUCGAUUUCAGAAAUUAUUGAAUGAUAGAAACACUCCGCUUCUUACUGCAGAUACAAGAGCGGCUGCUUACAUUGCAGUGAUGAGGAAUGCUGGCAGCUCACACAAGGAAGGCUUUGAGUCACUAUUAAAUGUUUACAGAGAAGCUGAUACAAUGCAAGAGAAGGAACGAAUUCUACGUUAUUUUGCGUCUUCUCCAGACCCAGAUACAGUUGUUGAUGUUUUGAACUUUUUCUUAUCUGAUGAGGUUCGAGAUCAGGACAUUGUAUUUGGACUCCCUGGUGUAAGCUUAGAAUGCCGUGAAACAGCAUGGAAAUGGAUGAAGGAGAACUGGGACCUGAUCCUCACCAAGUAUGGUGCUGGAUUGCUACUCACCCGUUUCGUAAGAGACAUUGUAACACCGUUUUGUAGCAAUGAAAAGGCUGAUGAGGUUGAAGAAUUUUUUGCAAACCGGGUGCAUCCUUCCAUUGCUAUGACUCUGAAGCAAAGCAUUGAGCAUGUCCGAAUCAAGGCGAGGUGGGUUCAAAGCGCAAGGCAGGAGCAAUCUCUUCAAGAGCUAGUCAAACAGUUGGCAGGCAAGAAAUGAAUAUUGCUUGUCAUGCACAUAAUUUGAUCUUGAAUAUUUCCCUUCUGAAAAUGUAUUUUGAUCAGCUGCUUAAGCAUCACCUGUAGGGGUCUAAAUAUGCUAAACUCGUUUAUUGGUAAGAACAAAUAUUUCUUGUUCAUUAUGUAUUAACCCUGUCAGUCUGUUGGUCAAACCCAAAAUCCAAAGCUUAAUAUUUCUCAUUGAGAUUCUUUUUCUUUA